UCACCUACUACUCAAGAAGAGGUUCGUCAAGCCUCGCAGGCCCUUCAGUCCAACCGGAAGUCCGCGUCAUAACUGAAGGCAGACUUCAACCCGACCUGAAGCGGUUUCAAUUCAAAUCCGUUGUUGAAUUAAAUAUUAUUUUCGUUUAUUUGUGGGACUCAAAAUGGCGGACGACGCCACGCGCAGAGUGGUGUCGCAGAUUCCACUGCUGAAGACGCACGCCGGGCCGCGUGACCGCGCGUUGUGGCCACAGCGGCUGAAGGAGGAGUACCAGGCACUGAUCCACUUUGUGGAGCAGAACAAGAAGGCAGACAACGACUGGUUCCGCCUCGAGUCCAACGCGGACGGUACCCGCUGGACCGGCACCUGCUGGUUCAUCCACGAGCUGCUGCGUUACGACUUCCGGCUAGAGUUUGACAUCCCGGUGACGUACCCGGACACCGCGCCUGAGGCCGCGAUCCCGGAGCUGGACGGUAAGACCGCGAAGAUGUACCGCGGAGGAAAGAUCUGCCUGACGGACCACUUCGCGCCGCUGUGGGCCCGCAACGCGCCGCGCUUCGGGCUGGCGCACCUGAUGGCGCUGGGGCUCGGGCCGUGGUUAGCCGUGGAGAUCCCGGACCUCAUCAGCAAGGGCCACGUCAUCCACCGGGAGCAGCAAGGCGGGGCCUCGGAGUGACGUCACCGGAACAGAACUUUGAAUCCGUUCAGAGGAAGAAGUGUGUGUGGAGAUGAAAUAAACUGGAAUGAACUUCACCAAACUAAAAUCACACCGACUAAUGUUCUAUAGAAAAUAAAAUAAGUUGAAACAACA